CGCGAACCACAGUGCCUCAUUCAUCUACGCCUACUGUGCCUUAUCCAUCUUCUUCCCUUAUUCUCACUCCUGUACGUGACUCCCAGGUAUCACACCCUCCUACACCUUCUUCCCUUCCCAGCCCAUGUAUGCCUUCGGUUACAACUACCUACCCUGCUACCUCAUCAAACAGUUUUCCAGCCCCAGGUGUGCCUUCGGUUACUGCUACCUACCCUGUUGUCCCAUCAAACAGUUUUCCAGCUCCACUUCCAAGCCCCACUGUCCAUACCCUUCUGGAUGACUCGCCUAGCUCCCCUAUAGGAUCUCCUCAGCCCAGCAUCUAUACCGAAACUGCAGGCAGUCCCUCUCCUCCCCAUGUCGAGCCUAUUUCUCCAGUUACAUGCCCCUCCUCUGCUCCAAUUGUAAAUGUUCAUCCCAUGCAAACCCGGUCCAAAUCCGGGAUUUUUAAACCCAAACCAAUUUUCAAUUUAAAUACAGUUGUUAGCACACAUGAUCCUACUUGUUUUUCAGAGGCUAAUAAAUAUCUUAAGUGGAGAGCCGCUAUGGCUGAGGAAUUUAAUGCUCUCAUCUCGAAUCAUACAUGGGAUCUUGUACCGUUUGAUGCUAGUAAGAAUGUGGUUGGGUCAAAAUGGAUUUAUAAGACUAAAUACUUAUCUGAUGGUUCUGUGGAUCGCUAUAAAGCACGGUUGGUGGCUCAGGGGUUCAAGCAGCAGGCAGGUAUUGAUUUUACUGAAACUUUUAGUCCUGUUGUCAAACCUACUACUGUUCGCCUUGUUCUUUCUUUAGCUGUGUCUUUUGGUUGGCCUGUUCGCCAGCUUGAUGUCAAAAAUGCAUUCUUGCACGGUAAUCUUACUGAAGAAGUAUAUAUGCGUCAACCUGCUGGUUUUGUUCAUCCUCAGUUUCCUACUCAUUUGUGUCGGCUGCGUAAAGCUAUUUAUGGUCUCAAACAGGCCCCACGUGCUUGGUUUUAUCGUUUUAGCAGCUUUCUUCUGUCUCAUGGUUUUGUUUGCAGCCGGUCUGAUAAUUCCUUAUUUAUUUUUCGCCGCCAUUCUGAUGUUAUAUACUUGUUGUUAUAUGUUGAUGAUAUCAUUGUUACAGGUAAUAAUUCUACAUUAGUUAUUCAUUUUUUGUCUCUAUUGGCAAAAUGUUUUGCUAUGAAGGAUUUGGGUGAUUUGCAUUUUUUCUUGGGCAUUCACGCCAGUCGUACUCCCUCUGGUCUGUUUCUCUCUCAGCAUAAAUAUAUAUCUGAUCUUCUUCAUCGUUUUCAUCUUCAUACUUUAAAAUCUGUUCGUUCACCGCUCCCGAGUCGUACCAAACUUUCCCUCACUGAUGGAGAGCUCCUUGCUGAUGCCACAGAAUACAGAAGUAUGGUAUCUACAGGGCACCAUCACACAUGGUUUACUUCUUCAGUCUUCUCGAGGAUCUCCAGCUAUUACUGCUUAUUCAGAUGCUGAUUGGGCUGGGUGUCCUGAUACUGGUCGCUCCACUUGUGGUUAUGCUAUUUUUCUGGGACCCAAUCUCAUCUCUUGGCGGUCCAAGAAGCAGCCCACGGUCUCCCGCUCUUCUACAGAGGCUGAAUAUCGUGCUGUGGCUUUUACAGUGCAGGAUACUAUACACAUUCGCUCCGUUUUGUUCGAGCUUGGGUUCCCUGUUCGUAUGCCUACUACUUUGUUUUGUGACAAUGUUUCAGCUUCAUAUCUUUCUGUUAAUCCUAUUCAGCAUGCUCGGAGUAAGCACAUUAAUAUUGACUACAAUUUUGUUCGUGAACGGGUGGCUCAUGGAGAUCUUUGUGUCAAGUAUGUUCCUACACAGGCUCAGUUGGCAGAUAUUUUUACAAAGUGUUUGUCCCCACAACGGUUUACUCUUCUUCGUGACAAUCUGCGCAUUGUUUCCCCUGCACAGCUUGAGGGGGUGUAAUAGAGUAGAUUAGUUAUUUAUUUAUUUUUCAUAAUUGAGGGACUCCCUUUGUAAUUAUUACUCUUAUUUCCUAUAUAUAUAUCUGCCAGGGCUACCAUUAUGGUUAA